UCUAACAAGACACGUACGCUUGUCACUUACCAUACAAAGAGAGUCCACUUGUGAGGACGUGUAACCUAAACCCCCACCCAUUCUCUUUGCUUUUUUAUUCCCACACAUGAUAAAUCGAACCCCCCGCCCACCCCAUAUUGUAAUCUUCUCUCGACCCAAAAAGCAGGCAACUGAGAAAGAAAGAAAGAAAGAAAGAUAGAUCGUUGUAGUUCAUUGCAUGUGAACAAACACCCACCAGAAUGGAUCGCCAAGACUCACCUGUUUUCGAUCGCUUUACUCCUUCACAACCAUUAGAGUCCAAGAAAAACUAUGAUCAGUCCGAGAAUGGGAGUGAAAAAGACAGCCGUGGUUCUGGUAAUAAUGAAAAGGAAACAAAGAUCAGCUCAUCUUCAAGAAUCCGUCAGUUUGACAGAGAGGAAGCUGCAUUAUUUGCAGGCAUGAGUUCGCGUCCAGAUCAAGAUGAUGAUGGAGAAGAAAAACCUGUAGUAGUACUGUCGUCCGAGGCCAUGCCUGAAGAUAGCGGACGUGAGAGGCUGAAGAGGCAUAGGGUUGAGGUGGCGGGUCGGGUUUGGAUUCCAGAUAUAUGGGGCCAGGAAGAGCUCUUGAAUGACUGGGUAGAUUGUUCUGCGUUUGAUGCUUCGUUAGUCCCCAAAGGAAUCAUGUCGGCUCGUGCGGCCUUGGUUGAAGAAGGAAGAAGAGCAAAUUCUAGCGGAUUAAGAAUAGUAAACAGAGAUAGAAAUAGAAUGGUCUACGCCAGUCAUAACAAAAAGCGCGCUAGGGACGAAGCUAGCUAGCUAGAGCUCAGAUCGAACGUGUAUAUAUAUAUAUAUAUGGAACCAUAAUCAUGAGUACGAAGAGAGAAAAUGCAGAAAAUAAUUCUCCUUUAUAUAGGUUAUGGCAAUCCUAGCUCCGAUCUCAACUCUCGAGUAUUGGACAAAAACCGGCCAUCGUCAUAUAUAUAUAUACCUUACUAGGGUUUGAGCGUGAAUAUAUAUUUAUAUGCAGGUAAAUCCGGCAGAAGAGCUGGUAAAAGAAUUCAACUUGAUGGGUACGUACGUACUGAUAAUGAAUGGAAUUGGUUGAACUGGGUUUGAACUUUGAAUGAUUAUACGAUGUUAAAAACAAGACAAUUCUGCAAAUCCUUCACUUAAAAAAUUAAACUGCGCGCGCGCGCGCACACAUAUAUAUAAAGAUAAUUACGAGAACAUAGAAUUUGCUUGUCAAGAUCAUUAAUUUAUAGAUAAAAUCAUAAGAUACAUAUGAAAUAUAUAAUUUCCUUUUUAAGAUUGAGUAGCUCGAGAAUAAACUCGAAAUUUUUUUGAUUUAUAAGUCAUGGGUUGUUUUUACACAAUAUAAUUCAAUGAUAAGAUCGAACUCAUGAAUUUAUGCUUGAAUGAGAAUUAAAUGAAAAGAUCAGAUAUUGGACCAUCUAGUUCUGCCUGCUCGAUCUCGACUUCUUUACGGCUCUAACUAUGAUUGGGUUUUCUUAAAGACAGAAAAAGAAAAAUUACAUUAAUUAGAACCAAUGAACCAGCAGUACUACUUGGAGAUAUGUAAUAUUAUUAAAUAUUAUUUAGUUCAAACACAUGGUGGUCGAAGUCGAUAGAGGAGAAUAAAAAUUCAGAACCAAAAGUAACUCUAUAAUCCACAAUAUCGUUCAAACGAUCAUCAAAUUCUGCUCGAGUAAUUUACUAAUAAUAUAUAGCUAAAAUUUUCCUCUAUUAAGCACAAAUUAAUCCCCUUAAUUGUUUUGUCCGGCCCCAUGGAUAAACUCCCACCUCCAUACCCAAAUGAACGGAGCUUGAAACUGGCCGGGCCUUAUCCACGUACUGAGGGAUAAAAAUCAAAACCCGAAGGCUUAUUGGCUACAAAAACCAUCUUGAUUUUCCACACACUGAAUAUUUAGUAGUAGCCAUUUCUACAUGAAGCUAUCACCAUAUGUCUAUUGCGCAUCACCAUCACUAGCAGAAGCUAGUAGCCGUUUCCUAAAUUGAAACAGCAAGAAAGAUGUUACCACAGCUAGAUAGAUAGAUAGAUAUAUAGAUGAGGCUUGAAACAUUUUCAUUGUCAACCAAACAAAUAUAACAUUUUAAAGCUCAAUCAUAUACGUUUACCUGUACUUAAUGAAACCAGCUCCCAUAUCUUUAUCACACCAUCAUCACUCACGGAAGCUAAUAGUCGUUUCUCCUGAUAAUUAACAACAUAAUAAAGGAAACCACCAAAGGAAUAAAUAAAUGAGACUUCAAACAUGGCAACAGUAAAUAGACAAGUAGAAUGACUUUUAUGUUCCAAUACAAGGUGACCUGUUAAUAUCAAAUAUCAAGUAAACAUCUGAGUUCGCAAAAAAUUAAAUUAUGUACCACCUACUGAAUUCUAUCAUGUGUGAAGAAGUUAUGAAAUGUGAGUGGGAUUACACUGCAGACUUUUAUCAGUCUCGAGUAACAAAUCUUACCCCAGGGCUCCAUUGCACUGAGUUUAUAUCCAUGUCAUGGGCCUUCUCCUUCUUCAGCAGCAAUUUAUAUGAAGGUCCAUCAGCCUAUCAUAUAAACACAAUGCAGUUGAUCAACUUAUUUGGUUGUUUUUGAACUGCAUAAAAAGAAAAUCCAGGAAUCUAGAAUUUGGAAAGAUCUAAAUGAGCCUUCACAAUUGCAAUAUAUACGAUUGCUGAAAUGAUUUUCUCAGAGACGUGGGAUAUUAACUAUUUUUUUAGAAGCGACUUGGGUUAUCAACUUCACAAAGGUCCACGGGCAAUUCACUCUUAUAAAAUGAAAAACCAAGAGCCCCAUUGCCCAUCAGUGCACAGGACUUCUAAUUUCAACCCAGUAUAUUAAUCCAAAUAAGCUUCUGUGCUGGUAGAUAUCAUGUUCCGAUCAUUUCUCACUAUAAUUUCUACUAUUGCUUUGAAAAAAAAAAAAAAAAAAAAGA